AAAAGGUAGCAGAUGUGUUCAUAGCUUCUUCAAACCAGAUUGGUCCACUGACUCCACAAACAUGUGAUUUCUGUAGCUGUUUAAAUCAGGACACUGCACUUUCCAGGGUACUACUAAUUUUGAAGCAGCAAGAGAGGAACCCAAGUAAAAGAAAAAUAAUGAAGAACAUUUUAAUUCUGUGCCUCUGUUUGGUCUUAGUGACCAUUAUGACAGAUGCUUCUCCAAUUCUAACUGAAAAACAAGCCAAACAGCUUCUUAGAACCAGGCGUGCAGACAGACCAAGGAAAGCUGGAUUUACUGAUGAACCCAUGAGGGAGUAUCUACUGUACAACCAGGUCUUGGAGAGGAGAUCAGAGGAGCAGCUUCAAGAACACUGGCUGAAUCCACAUUGCAAACCUCACUGCAACAGCAACAUUGUGACUCCAGUUUAAG